UCCAGUGCACCAAACACAACUUGUGACUGAAAAAGAACUUGAUUCUGCAUCAAAACAUUACACACUACAUGUACCCCAGCACCUGCCAAGUCCUUGCCAACCAACACCCAACAGCUCAGGAACACUCUACAGUAGUCACCAGAACUGGCACUGGGUGGUUGUGGCUUUCUUCCCCAUACUGAAAGAUGUUCUGCAAACAUAUGAAAACAUUAAAAUAUGUUUAUGACAGGCCUCUUGAAGGCCUUCAUGGAGAAAUACCAUCAACUUAGAAGUGAUGACGAUGAAGACUUUACUGACGACGAGGAUGAAGAUGAAGACAUGAAACUAGAAACUGGAUCUGAUUUUAGAGAAUUGAAAGCAAGAGUACCAUCAUUGCGUAUUGAUGCCAUCCUGAAGUCUGGACUGAACAUGUCAAGGAACAAGGUGGAGUCUGCUUUCUUCGACAGCAGAAUCCGAAUCAAUGGGAAGAAACUCCUCAAAAAGAGUCAACAGUGUCACAUGGGCGAUGAAAUUGACGUGAUCAAGGCAGUGGCGAGAGACAAUGCCAACAACCUGUAUGUGUCCCGUGUGGUGGUCAUGGCUUUGGGUCACAUGGCCGAGGAUGAUGAGAAGGUGACCGUCAAGCUGCGUCGCUACCCAAACCUGCUGGUGGAAUGCUACAAGGACUACAAGGUGCCACAACAGGAGUGAUGGAGGUACUAGUACGUAGAGAAAACAACAGUAGCUUGAAGACUAUGCAGGAUUGUUGUUAUUGUCAUUAUUUUCAUGACAAGAGAGAACUCAGUAGAAGAGUGUUUUUACUUGCACACUGGAGACAGAUUAUGGCAGGGUUCAAGAUGAUUAAUGCUUUGGUGAUCUCUGUUUGUUGUUCAAAAUGUUAUUUUUAACUUCCCUGUCCUCAUCUUUGGAGAAUUAAACUCUCACAAACUACUAUCACCUCAGGUAGUAAGUAAACCUGUUUGUAUUGUUUUAACAGACAAUGUAUUUCCAGACUGCCAUGUAUAUGUAUAUAACACUAAAUCUUAUUUUUGCUGAAAAAAAAAAAAGCUCAGUAGCAUAAAAUCUUUGAAUAUUU